AUGGAUAUACCUGGAAAACUACUAAAUAUAAUUUCGAAAUAUGAUUCACCAGUUUUGUGGCACGAUAUGUCAGAGCCAUUAAAACAUGCUGGUCAUGCGUUACGUGAGCGAAAAGUACGGUGUAUUCAUGGUAAAGGAAUGGGUGGAACUAGUUCAGUAAAUUGGAUGAUGUACACCCGAGGAAAUAUUGAAGAUUAUAAUCGAUGGGCUAGAAUGAGUGGUGAUUAUAAUUGGUCAUGGAAAAAUAUUCAACCAUAUUUUAAAAAAUUAGAAAAUUAUAGAAUACCAUAUUCUGAUCCAAAUUACUUUGGGGUAGAUGGACCAGUGCAUAUUGAAAUACCACCAUAUCAUAGUUCACUAUCUAGGGCUGCUUUGCUUGCAGCAAAUCAAGCUGGUUUACCGAUUCAUAAUAUUAACGGUCCGGUGGAAUAUGGAAUAUCGCCAGUUCAAUCUUCUCUUAAAAAGGGUAAGCGUGUUAGCGCAAACACAGCUUAUAUUACUCCAAUUAAAACACGUCGAAAUUUACAUAUUAAAAUGAAUUCAUUUGUAACGAAAAUUCUUAUCGAUGUGAAAGCAAAACCAUUACCGAAAGCUUUUGGUGUUACAUUUCUGAACGAAAAUGGAUUAAACACGGUAUUUGCAAAGAAGGAAGUUAUUUUAUGUGCUGGAGCAAUUAAUUCACCAAAAUUAUUAAUGCUAUCUGGAAUUGGGCCUCUACACGAAUUGAAACAUCAUCAUAUACCAGUCAUAAAUGAUUUGCCAGUUGGUAAAAAUUUAUUUGAUCAUGUUGGUACAGCAAGUUUACAGUUUCGUACAAAUAAACGAGCGUAUUCACCUCCUUUCAUACCCCCACACUAUGAAAUAUGGGGAUAUUCACAUCCAUUGAAUAAAACUGUGGCCAUCGAACAAUUGUUCUAUUUUCGAAAUAUGAAUCAAAAACAGAGCCAAAUUUUUAAUAUGCGUCAAUCAGUUUAUGAUAAGGUUUUCAAGGAACAUACACUAAAACCAGGUUUCAUGAUACAAACCAUUUUGGAACAACCAAAAAGUCGUGGUCAACUUCGACUACGAAACGCAAAUCCAUUUUCUUCGCCCCGAAUUGAUUUGAACUAUUUUUCUGAACCGGAAGAUCUUGAUCUUUUGGUAAGUGGAGUAAAAGAAGCCAUUAGAAUAGCUGGAAAGCCCGCUUUAAAAAUAUAUGAACCACGAAUAGUUGAGACAAAAGUUCCUCAUUGUAAUAAAUUUUCUUUUGGUACUGAUGAAUAUUGGAGGUGUGCUAUUCGAGCACUUCCGUUUACGUUAGCCCAUUUUGGUGGGACUUGUAAAAUGGGAAGAAUAGAAGAUUCUUCAACUGUGGUUAAUACGAGAUUAAAAGUUCAUGGUAUUAAGAAUUUACGUGUUAUCGAUAUAAGUGUUUUUCCAUCUCCAGUAUCAGCGCAUUAUGGUGCAGUGGCAAUGAUGAUUGGAGAAAAAGGUGCCGAUAUUAUUAAACAAGAUUGGAGGAUAGAAUUUCUUUGA